AUUAACGCCCCCCUCCCGCCCAACCAGACAGACAAGACAUCCGACCUACGCCUAUAGCGCAUUACACACAUGCCAACAAAGUUUGGCGAAACGCACAUCAAUUCGGAAUAAGCUCAAGCAGGCGAUUGAUUUUAUAUUCGUGGUUUUGCGCUACAAUGUAUCACUUGGGUUAAUCUACUUGUACUAAGAGAAAUCUUAAAGGAAAACUUUCGGUAUAACCAAGCAGUGGGAAUAACUCAUUCUUCCGGGUGCGCAUUUGUAACCUUAAGUUACGGGAUCCAUACAUUCGCAGUAAAAAAAUGAACGACAUUAUGUUAGAACCCAAAGGAGCUGAAACGAGUGCUUCCCUGGAGAAUAAUAACACGCUAACAGAAAAUGGUGCCAAGGAACAGGAAAACGGAGACAGGUUCUGUCAGGACACGCAUAACAACCCCGAGGAAAUUGACUUGCUGGGUGCCCGUAAUGGACCUCAGAUUGCCGGGAGCGUUGGCGAUCGCGGCACUGCUGCAGCAGAGAGGCGGUCAGCCAAUAGCCCAUGGAAUGAACUGAACAGAAUAGUCAUCUGGAAACUCAAGCUCUGGAUGGUCAUACUAAUCAUUUUUCUGGUAAUCUUCCUGGUCAUCGUGUUGUCCCUAGUCCUCUAUUCAGUGGUGUAUCAAGAUGAGGAUGAAAAGUUUGACCGAGGAUCAUUUGUGGUCGAACGCCUUUACACUGGUACCUUCAGGCUUAUAAACCAGAACUACACUGAAGAUCUGCACUUAAUGAAGUCCCCACAGAGCACAGAGCUUUCACGUUAUCUCCAGAAAAAGCUGGGUGACAUCUACACGUCCUCCCCGGCCCUGGGCCGGUACUUCUCCAGCGUGGGUGUGAAGAACUUCAGCAACGGCAGCAUCACGGCGCACUUCUGGUUGAUGUUCCACAUGCCCCAGGAUCAUACUGAGCUGGUGCAGCACACACUGAGCAGGUCUAUGGUGCAGAACGUGCUUCGGCAGAGCCUGUAUGAGCAGGAGUUCAAGCCCUGGGAACCACUCUACAUCGAUCCUGCCAGUUCGCAUAUGGCGGUCGGGAAUACCACACUGAAUGGCCAAUCGAAUGACUUUACGUCUUAAAGCUACACAUUUGGGAAGUCCGCAUAUAGGACCAAGUAUAAGACGGACACCUCCGAAGAUCUGAAGUGAAAGCAAGGAGAUGGAAACCAGUGGCUCCCAGUUUACACUAACAUUUAUGAGCAAAUUGAAGUGCCACAGUCGGGGAACUUAUAGGAAUUGUUUUCUCGAAAUAUACACAGACUGGCCCUUGAUUUUUGACGUUGUGGAGUCAAAGAGCCUGAACGGAGGAGUUCGGCUUAAAUGAAGAGGCUGCUGUAAAGAGCAGCUUCUCGGUCUCCUUUACUACUGUGUGUAUGUGGGGCAUAAACGGGAUCUGCCAGCAUUUACUGAGGCAGCUUGUGAAUAUGGGGACAUGUAAAUGGCAUUUGUUGAUAAGGUGCAAUUAGGGGGCCAUAAAUGGUGCUCUUUGGAUUUUAUAAAAAGAAUAUAGGAUAAUAUACAGUAUGUAUGAAAAGAGGGGUAAUUUUAAACUACAGUGACUAAAGACAUUCUUUUUAUAAUUUUUUAAAUAAAGUUUGUUACUCCUAAACA